CGCUCAGAAUAAGUAACGCGAAGCAAGGGAGACGAUUAGCUGCUUAUAAAAGUCCAGCUUGCCUUCUUCGUUAAUUAUAAAGCGUAAAAGGAAACGAGCGUCUCUCCCAGUCUUCCCAGAGUUUUGCACAAUCGCCGGUCGCUAAAAUGUCUCUUGUACGGAGGGUAGUUUUACAUUCGCGACCUGGGGGAAAUGGAGAAGCCCUUCCUGAGAAUUUCCGUGUUGAGGAAAUUACUCUCCCAACUGAUCUAAAACCGGGAGAAGUGUAUGUUCGUACACUUUAUCUUUCUGUCGACCCUUACAUGCGGUGUCGUAUGAAUGAAGACACAGGUGCAGAUUAUCUCUCGCCGUGGGUGGUUUCGGGAUGCCUGGAUGGGGGUGGUGUAGGGAUGGUAGAAUCCAGUAGACACGACAUCAUCUCGAAGGGCGACGUCGUCACAUCUUUCAACUGGCCCUGGCAAACUUAUGGUGUUGUGGACGGCGGCAAGCUUCAGAAGCUGGAUCCAGAGUUGGUGGAUGGUCACCUGUCAUACUUCCUGGGUGCGGUAGGCAUACCUGGUCUCACAGCACUACUGGGGGUGAGGGAGAAGGGUCAUAUUACACCCGGGUCCAACCAGACGAUGGUCAUCAGUGGAGCUGCAGGGGCCUGUGGAAGCCUUGCUGGGCAGAUUGCUCGUCUGGAUGGCUGCAGCAAAGUGGUGGGGAUCUGUGGAUCAGACAAGAAAUGCCAGACAAUCACAUCGGAGCUUGGGUUCUCCAGCGCAGUGAAUUACCGCUCUGCAGACGUAUCAGCUGCACUGCAGGAGCACUGUCCCGAUGGGGUGGAUGUGUACUUCGACAAUGUUGGCGGUUCCAUCAGUGAUGCUGUCAUAGCGCAGAUGAACCAGAAUGGUCAUGUGAUCCUGUGUGGUCAAAUCUCACAGUACAACAGAGAUGUCCCAUAUCCCCCCCCACUUGAUGCAGCAACGCAGGAAAUACUCUACCGCAAAAAUAUUACCAGAGAAAGGUUCACGGUUGUUAACUACAUGGACAAAUUCGAGGCUGGUCUUCUGCAGCUGAGUCAGUGGGUGAAGGAAGGACAGAUGAAAGUUUUGGAAACGGUUCUUCUUGGGAUAGAGAAUAUGGGAGUGGCAUUCCAUUCAAUGAUGAUUGGUGGGAAUAUUGGGAAGCAGAUUGUCAAGAUAUCAGAUUGAAUGGACAUUUUUGUCCAGUACACAGUACAUGUGAAAAUGGUCAACAGGGAAGAAGUUUGUUGAUAUUGCUUUUGAGAGAAAUACUCUCCGCAUCAUGAAUUUGUAGACAUUUGUAUGACACAAUGCUAAACUUUAUCAUUCGAUAUCCUUAAUGUGAAAUAAAUAACAUUUAUACUAAU